ACGCUGUGGGUGCGCUGGGCUGCGGCCACCGCGGCGGUGGCGGCGGCGGCGGGAGCCGCGAGUCGGGGCCGCCCGGGCUGCGCUUCGCCCCGGCAGCAGCGGUGGCGGCGGCGCCUGUGGCUCAGGAUGCGGCCGGGGGGCGCGCUGCUCGCCCUGCUCGCCAGCCUGCUGCUACUGCUGCUGCUGCGCCUGCUCUGGUGCCCGGCAGACGCGCCCGCCCGCACCAGGAUCCUGGUGGAAGAAAGCAAGGAGGCCACUCACGGCACUCCUGCAGCGCUGAGGACGCUCCGGAGCCCGGCGACCGCGGUACCGCGCGCCACAAACAGCACAUAUCUGAAUGAGAAGUCGCUCCAACUGACGGAGAAAUGCAAAAAUCUGCAAUAUGGCAUUGAGUCUUUCUCUAACAAAACGAAAGGGUAUUCAGAGAACGACUACCUUCAGAUUAUCACAGAUAUACAGAGUUGUCCAUGGAAACGGCAAGCAGAAGAAUAUGCAAAUUUUAGAGCAAAACUUGCUUCCUGCUGUGAUGCUGUUCAAAACUUUGUUGUUUCUCAGAAUAACACUCCAGUUGGGACUAACAUGAGUUACGAGGUGGAAAGCAAAAAGAAAAUCCCAAUUAAAAAGAACAUUUUUCAUAUGUUUCCAGUGUCCCAGCCUUUUGUGGAGUACCCUUAUAAUCAGUGUGCAGUGGUCGGAAAUGGGGGAAUUCUGAAUAAGUCUCUCUGUGGAGCUGAAAUAGAUAAAUCCGACUUCGUUUUUAGGUGUAACCUCCCCCCAACCACAGGAGAUGUUAGUAAAGAUGUUGGCAGUAAAACAAAUCUUGUGACUAUAAAUCCUAGUAUCAUAACUCUGAAAUAUGGGAACUUAAAGGAAAAAAGAGCCCUAUUUCUGGAGGACAUUGCAACCUAUGGAGAUGCAUUUUUUCUUCUGCCAGCAUUUUCCUUCAGGGCCAACACGGGUACCUCUUUUAAAGUGUACUACACGCUCGAAGAGUCUAAAGCAAGACAAAAGGUUCUAUUUUUCCAUCCCAAGUACCUGAAACAUCUGGCCCUUUUCUGGAGAACUAAAGGUGUGACUGCAUACCGCUUGUCCACUGGCUUGAUGAUCACAAGUGUUGCAGUGGAACUGUGUGAAAAUGUGAAGCUGUAUGGAUUCUGGCCCUUCUCUAAAACUGUAGAAGACACACCUGUCAGCCAUCACUAUUAUGACAACAAGCUACCUAAACGUGGCUUCCAUCAGAUGCCCAAGGAAUACAGCCAGAUCCUCCAACUUCACAUGAAAGGAAUCCUCAAACUGCAAUUUAGCAAAUGUGAAGUCGCCUAAACAAAGUAUCUGAAAAUGGGAAUAAUUUUAAUAUAAUGCAGUAGGUGAUUAACAGUGUCUCCAAACACCAAAGGAGGUGGCUACAGAGUAUUCUAAGACGAGCCCCCAAAUUUGGUUUGACCAAAGCUUCCCCACUCAUUUUGCAAUGAUGGCAAGUAAUUCAAUCCUUCUAAUCUUCAUUUUUUUCUCCUUGUAAUUUGGACACCAUAAUAUCUGACUCAUACAAAUUUUUGUAAUUUAUGAAAAUUAAUUACAUGGCCUUUGGUGUAAGGUAGGAACUCAAAGAAUAUUUCUUUGUUACUAUUUAUACCAGCCAUCUCCACCUUCACCAGACCGAUAAUAAAAGCAUGCUGUCUUGGACAUCUCCUCUAAAGAGAAUAGCUACAUUACCAGUAUCCAUUGGAUUUCUUUCUGUGGCAGGUCUCUAUCAAUAAUAUCCUUCCCAUUUUUCUGCCUCAAUGACUGUAUACAAGAAAAUUAUACACUUAAACAAGAAAUUCUUGAUAAUUCAGGAAUGAAAUUCUUCUCUGAGUAUGGCAGUAUGCCCGCUUCUGAUUAAAUUCACUUUUAAUAGUAGCUGUGAUGAUAUGUUGGUUGGAUUUAAGCCGUUUAUUUUCCUCUUCUGUCUACAUUUUUUCAUCACUUCAUAAUUUUAUUUUAACUUCCUGCCUCAUUCUUACACCUUUUUCUCUCUCACUUAUACGUUGUACUUCAAGGACAUGAACGGUUACAAUACCCAGUCUUUGUUACCUGUUGUCUUGUCUGUGGGGUCACUCAUUCAAUUUUGUUUUAAAAUAAUUCAAUAACUACUUCAUGCCAGGCCCUGCACCAGGCUUUGUGAGAGGGUGAGAAGGAUUAUUGCCUCUCAUAGGAGAAAACAGAUGUGCAUAUCAUUAAUUAUGAUAGUGUAUGAUAAGUAUUAUAAUGACAAAAACUAUGAAUAAAGUGCUACAAGGAACAGAAGCAGGGAUAAUUAAACCCAUUUCAGUGGAAUCUAUUUCAAUGUACAAUAGUCUCCCCUAAUCUGCAGAUAUGGGAAGACCCCCUGUGGAUGCCUGAAACCAUUGAUGAUAUUAGGAAUAUAUAAUUGAUUAGUAAAGGUAACAAAAUAUACUGAAAUAAAUAUACA